AUGGCUUCAGUCGCACGCUGCAUGCGGGUCGCAAGACCAUCCGCCCUCCCAGCCUUCAAGACCGCUGCCGCCCGCCCAAUUCACAGGUUCAACACGGUCAGGUCCUUCUCUGUGACAGCUAUCAACCCCAUAAGGAAAUACACCAAGGAUCACGAGUGGAUUGACCUGUCGGCCGACAACAAGACGGGCGUGAUUGGCAUCUCCGAGUACGCGGCCGAGGCGCUGGGCGACGUGGUCUACGUGGAGCUGCCCGAGGAGGGCAGGGAGGUCGGGGCGGGCGAUGCCAUCGGCGCCGUCGAGUCAGUCAAGUCCGCCGCUGACAUCAACGCCCCGAUCGCCUGCCGCAUCACCCACGUCAACACAGAGCUGGAGGAGAAGCCCGGCAACAUCAACAAGGUCCCCGAGGACGAUAGCGCCGGCGGCGGUUGGAUUGCCAAGGUCGCCGUCGACGAGGAGGGCAUCAAGGACCUCGAGUCCCUGAUGGGUACUGAGGAGUACAAAGCUUUCACGGCGUCUGAGGGCGACCACUAA